GUGGACUUUGUCGACAGUUGCUCUGAUGGGAAGCUUGAGUCAGCUCAUCUGGUUUCAAAUGAUUUUUCCGUAAUACAGAUAUCGAGGACGCUUGGCGCGGAAUAUGGCGGUUCAAUCGGGCUGCUGUUCUCUUUGGCAAAUUGUGCUGGUGCUGCUCUCUAUAUAGUAGGAUUUGCCGAGACAAUCAAACAACUGCUUAUUGAAGCUGGGAUCACAAUACUGGACGGAAGCGAAUGGGAUAUUCGUCUUGUGGCUGUCAUUACAUGCUUUGUUCUGAUGGCUGUGAUUGUUGUGUCGCCUACACUCGAAAGUAGACUACAGCAAAUAUUGCUCAUUCCUCUGAUUAUAUCUGUUCUCAGUUUCAUCAUCGGAUCAUUUAUUUCGACCAAGAACAAGGUCGCUCAUGGAUACACUGGAUACAAAUGGAGAACACUGGAAGCUAACAUGCUGCCAGAUUUCCGAAAUGAACACAACUUCUUCAGUGUCUUUUCUGUGUAUUUCCCUGCAGCCACCGGUAUUAUGGCUGGAGCCAAUAUCAGCGGGCAUCUCAAGAAUCCUCAAACUGCUAUUCCGCGAGGAACAUUGGCAGCGAUUGCGGUUUCCAGUGUGAUCUACACAGCUUUUGCUUUGGUAGCUGGAGCCACGUAUACUCGAGAUGCAGAUGGCGUCAAUGAGCCUGAUCAAGACAAUCCACCAGACUGCUACCUCAACGCGUCGUGUCCAUUUGGACUUCAUAACUACUACCAGGUACUCUCAUCACCGACCUCAGUUGCCCUCAUACCUAUUCUUGCACUGAAGCUCGACACGCCUGGUCUUGAGAAAGUUCGCCUCAAGCUCAUUUGCAUUCUUUCCAGAUGGUGA